UUUUUUCUAACCAAUAAUCAUUACUAGUUUAGUCGGUAUUAUUAGCAGGUGACAGUCAAUCGAGGUUUUAGUGUCCGUCCGUCCUUGCCCGGUACCAUGUGACGCCGUCGCAGCGUAAGCAGUGUCAGACACGUAGCCGCCGUCGACGACACUUCUUGAGCUGUCGGUUAUAUUUUAUUUUGGCGCCUCACCUUGCCCUUUACUCGAUUGAUCCGGGUGUUCUGGGAUUAGGGCAACGAGUUUUACUGAGUUAGAGGUAGGAACCGUGUCGGGAUCGAUCGCCGAUCAAGGUGGAAACGGCGGUGGAAGAUAUGCUGUCAGUUAGGGCUCCGGGUGAAGUGAAUUGGAGCUGAACCGAGGUGGGUCAUUUGGAUGUGGAGGGAAUUGAUGGGGGAAGUUGAGUAUUUCCGUUGGGUUGGAUCGAUCCGAGUGCUCCUGCUUGGGUUUUCGAGAAAUCUGGGGCUUUAGAGGUCUGUUCUUCGAUAGAGGAAGAGGGGGAGAAUCGAGAAAGUUGAAGUCUUUGCUGCUGAAGGUGGUGGUAGCUCUUGUUGAUAACUGUGAUUCUUCAAGUUUGUGCAUGUAGUCUCGGGACUUAGGAAAUGGCUACGCUGGUCGAUCCUCCUAAUGGUGUGGGAAACCGUGGGAAGCACUACUACACCAUGUGGCAGACCUUGUUUGAGAUCGACACAAAAUAUGUGCCCAUCAAGCCUAUCGGCAGAGGUGCUUAUGGAAUUGUUUGCUCAUCAAUCAACCGUGAGACAAAUGAAAAAGUUGCGAUCAAGAAAAUACAUAAUGUUUUUGAUAACCGUGUGGAUGCACUUAGAACUCUGCGUGAACUGAAGCUUCUUCGUAACCUUCGACAUGAGAAUGUCAUCUCUUUGAAGGAUAUUAUGAUGCCGCCUCACAGAAAAACAUUUAGGGAUGUGUACCUUGUUUAUGAACUUAUGGACACUGAUCUGCAUCAGAUUAUCAAAUCAUCGCAGUCACUUUCCAAUGACCAUUGUCAGUACUUCCUUUUUCAGCUACUGCGAGGGUUAAAGUAUAUCCACUCUGCUAAUAUUCUGCACCGAGAUCUGAAACCUGGAAAUCUUCUUGUUAAUGCCAAUUGCGAACUAAAGAUUUGUGAUUUUGGUCUGGCUCGCGCUAGUAGUGGAAAAGGACAGUUCAUGACUGAGUAUGUUGUUACCCGCUGGUAUCGGGCCCCCGAGCUGCUCCUUUGUUGUGAUUAUUAUGGUACCUCAAUCGAUGUUUGGUCAGUUGGAUGUAUCUUUGCAGAACUGCUUGGACGGAAACCCAUCUUCCCCGGUACAGAGUGUCUUAACCAGCUUAAGCUCAUUAUCAAUGUACUUGGUACAAUGGGUGAUUCUGACAUCAGCUUCAUCGAUAAUCCAAAGGCCUGCAAAUAUAUCAAGUCCCUACCAUAUACCCCCAGUAUCCCUAUUGCCAAUCUUUACCCUGGUGCCGAUCCUUUAGCCAUUGAUUUAUUACAGAAGAUGCUCGUUUUCGAUCCAUCCAAGAGGAUUAGCGUCGAUGAGGCUUUGCAACACCCUUAUAUGUCACCUCUUUAUGACCCUAAUACCAAUCCUCCAGCUGAGGUUCCUGCGGACCUUGACAUUGAUGAGAAUCUAGGCGAAGAUAUGAUUAGGGAGAUGAUUUGGAAUGAGGUGUUGUACUAUCAUCCAGAAAUUUCUGCAAACUCAUGUUAAUCAAUGCUUGUUUCGGAGCAGGUUGUAGGGUUCCUUCCAAGUCAUAAAGCCAAUAUUAAUUUGGCUUCCUUCCAAGUUAUACAAGCUAAUAUUAUUUUGUUGGCUGGUUUCCUGUUAUGAGAAUCGUUCCAAAGUCUGACUUGUAAAUAUUUAUGUGCGCUAUAUUUAUCUGGUUUGGAACUUCAUGCAAUAACAAAAAUGCUUGUAUGACUGAACUUUGUUA